AUACAAACAAAAAAACCUGUUCCAGCAGCACUCGAUUUCUCCACCGCCGUCAUGUCCAACCCCGCGCUGCUUCCUCGACGGAUCGUGAAGGAGACGCAGCGGCUUCUGGCGGAACCAGUGCCUGGCAUCAGUGCCACGCCGUACGAAGACAACUUGCGCUACUUCCAAGUUGUGAUUGCUGGGCCGCAGUCGUCGCCGUACGAACACGGUAUCUUUAAACUGGAACUGUUUUUGCCUGCGGACUACCCCAUGGCGCCCCCGAAAGUCCGUUUCCUCACGCGCAUCUACCACCCCAACAUUGACAAACUCGGCCGCAUCUGCCUCGACAUCCUCAAGGACAAGUGGUCCCCCGCCCUCCAAAUCCGCACCGUGUUGUUGAGUAUUCAGGCGCUGUUGUCUGCCCCAAACCCGGAUGAUCCUCUCGCAAACGACGUCGCGGACCACUGGAAGACAGAUGAACCCGGUGCGCUGCGAACGGCCACCGAAUGGACGCGCCGGUUUGCUUAACCAAGCAAGAUGCAUGUUGGCUUUGAAUCGAUUCAAUAAACCUCCGCAUAACCAUUCAAUAUGAACGAACUCUUUAACCCCC